UUAAGUAAAUGUUCUUGUAUAAUCAACAAAAAUGGUAAAAUUAACGGCGGAAAUUAUACAAAACUCUUUUCAGUACAUAAACGCUGUAAAAGACCGUGAAUUGGAUUUACGUGGUUAUAAGAUCCCAGAAGUCGAAAAUUUGGGAGCCACGGGUGACCAAUUUGAUACCAUCGACUUUUCUGAUAAUGAUAUAAGGAAAUUAGAUGGAUUUCCCUACUUGAAGAGAUUGAAGUGCCUUUUGUUGAACAAUAAUCGCAUCAUUCGAAUUGGUGAGAACUUGGAGGAAUACAUCCCUAAUCUGGAGAGCUUGAUUUUAACUGGAAAUCAGCUGGAAGAAUUAGGAGACAUAGAUGUAUUAUCAACUCUACCCAAUUUGACUACACUUAGCCUGUUGCACAACCCAAUCACAGCUAAACCACACUAUAGACUGUACAUUGUCCACAAGUUUCCUAAUUUGAGGCUUUUAGAUUUUCGCAAGAUUAGGAUGAAGGAAAAGGAGGAAGCGAAAGCGCUAUUCAAGAGCAAGAAGGGCAAGGAAUUGCAGAAGGAAAUCGUUAAACGCGCGAAAACUUUCGUGCCGGGCGCCAACGUACCUAGUAUAAUUAAGAAUGCCGGAUUAUCGGAAGAGCACGUUAAGAAAAUUAGAGAGGCAAUCAGCAAUGCCGGUUCACUGGACGAGGUUGAAAGGUUACAGAGGCUGUUGCAAGCAGGCCAGAUCCCCGGCGAUGAUAUAGCUACUAAUGGUGGACCGCCAGUGGAGCAGAUGGAGGUGGAGAACAGCAAUUGAGCAUUGCUGACAGGUAGAGUAUGGAUGGGAUUUGAUUUUUUUUAUUUUUGAUGUAAAAAAUAUCCAAUAUUAAGUUGAUAAGAAUUUAUAAUCAUUUGUAUUUUUUUAAAAAGUUGUACACAUGAGUUGUUUUUAUAUUUUUGUUUCCAUACUACUACUACUAUCUUAAGUUCAUAAGGGUCACGAAGAAGCGAUACUGUAUUAUUUAGGGGUAAAACAAUAAAGCGUCAGAUUCAUUUAAA